AUGUCCGGCGCUGAACUCGUUUUCGGAGGCGCAACCUGGACCUCGACUCCCCCAACGGACUUCGAAGGCCUCGAAAAGCAAAAGGAGGGUCUGGCUGUCAUAACAGCAGCUGGAAUCAAAACCAUCGAUUCCGCCGCCAAUUACGGCGACAACGAAGAAGUCCUUGGUAUUCUUGGCGCCGCGAAAACCCACGCCAUCGACUCAAAGUACCCCGGCGGAUUCAGCCCCAAACCCGCGACGAAAGAAGAUAUCAUUACGACUGCCGAAAAGGGCCUCGAGAAAUCCAAAGCGGAGUCCUUCGACGUGUACUACAUCCACGCCCCCGAUCGUCGAGUUCCUCUUGAGGUCCAGCUCGAGGCCAUCAACACACUGUACGAGUCCGGUAAGAUCAAGCGCUUCGGUCUAUCGAACUUUCUCCCCAGCGAGGUUGAAGAAGUUAUCCGCGUUGCAAAGGAGAACAACUGGGUCCUUCCAUCUGUCUUCCAGGGGAAUUACUCUGCCGUUGCACGACAUGCCGAAAUGCGUCUGUUCCCUCUCCUCCGACAGCACGGUAUCCAGUUCUACGCGUAUUCUCCAAUCGCGGGUGGCUUUUUGACGAAGACUGUGGAAGAACUGCUAAAGGCAUCUGGACGCUGGGACCCCUCCUCCUUCCUGGGAAGCUUGUACCACAGGCUGUACAACAAGCCGAGUAUGCUCGAGGGAUUGCGGCUCUGGGAGAGUAUCUCGAAUGACACGGGGAUUCCGAAGGUUGAGCUCGCGUAUAGGUGGAUUGUCUAUAACUCGGGCCUGAAGAGGGAGUACGGGGACAAGGUUGUCUUUGGGGCGAGGAAUUUGCAGCAGUUGCGGGAGACUCUUGCUGCGAUUGAAAAGGGGCCGUUGAGCGACAAGGUUGUGGAGAGAAUUGAGGAAGUGUGGAGGCUUGUUGAGAAGGAUUCGCCGCUGGAUAAUUAUAAUCAGUGA